AUGGCUAAAGGAACUAACCAAAUGUGGAAGCUUGACUUACUCGAAGCUAAAUUCAAAAAGUCAACUCCUAGAUUCCCACAUACUAAGAAAUUAUUAACUGCAAGGAAUACUACCAAACUAUUAAAGAAACUUCCUACCAAUCAAACUGACGCUGAAAAUGAAAUCAAUGCAUUAAAAUCAGAUUUCUUUGCCAGGAAAUAUCACGCUGCUUUUAAGAAAUUAGAAAAGGAAGUGAAUAAGGUACUUAAACAAAAGAAAUCACAAUUGGAAUUCUUUGAAUCAAAGGAUAAUAUUAAUACUUUGAUAACUUCAAAGUUAGCCAAAUGUAUAACUACAACCAUAUUGACUAGUAAGGAAGCUAAGAAUGAUCCUCCAAAAUAUAUACUAGAAGAAGUGAGAGUGAUAAUAUUGGAUAAGUCCCACCCUUCAAACCCAUCAUGUUUCUUCAAAACUUAUUGUCAAAAUAAUAAAGAAUUGAAUAACUUUUGUUCAAAUCUUUGGAAUAAUAAGAAUAUCAAAUCUGUUCUAAAUGAAAUUGAAUGGUCUUUUAAGAUGAUUCGAGGGGAUUUAACAAAACAAGAACAAGAAGCUAGAAAGAAGUUGACCGGAAAGAGCAUAGAAGCUGAAGAAGAAGAAGAACGUUCUGGGGAUGAAUCGGAACUGGAAGAAGAUGAGAACGAUAGUGGAGAGAGUGAAGAUGAAUCUGAAGGAAAAGAAAUUGAUUUAGAAGAAGUAUAUGAUAAAUUCGCUGUUUAUGAUAAAUUUGUAGGAGAUUCUGAUGCAGAACAAGAAGAGGAAGAACAAUUUGAGUUAGAUCCAAACAUCAAUUAUAAUGAAGUCACGGAUGAAGAAGCUUCAGAUGAGUCGGAUAUAGAAAUAGAUGAAGAAUCAGAGUCCGAGGAAUCUGAAGAAGAUGACUUUUUUGAAACUGAUAAAAAGGACAAAAAGACAAAGAAAGAAAAGGAAGUAAAAGAAGAAAAAUACAAGCUUCCUGAGUUGGCCUCUGGAUAUUUCUCCGGAGGGUCGGAUGACGAAGAUGAUGUUGAAGAAGAUAAGGUUGUAAAAGCAUUAACUACCCAUCGUAAGAAUAGAAGAGGUCAAAGAGCGAGACAAAAAAUUUGGGAGCAAAAGUAUGGUAAAGAAGCUAAGCAUGUAAAAGCCGAAAAGGAAAGAUAUGAAACUGAUAAACAAAGAAGACAAAUUGAAUUUGAAGAAAGAGAAAGAAAGAGGGAAUUAAAACGGAAAUUGGCUGAACAACCAACUGGUGCUAACAUGACCCCAAUGGGUGAACGUAGUCUGGCAUCGGCAACACCAACGCCAACACCUCAACCUCAACCUGCAGCUGAGAAAAAGAUCCAUCCUUCUUGGGAAGCAAAGAGGUUGGCUGAAGAGAAGUUGAAGAAUGUUAAGUUUCAAGGUAAAAAGAUCACAUUCGAUUAG